ACCUGGCUUGGAAGUUAUUGGUCCAGUGGGAAUUUGAUUCCCCGUAGAAACUGGAGAAAAGGUAAUGCAAGUAGAGAGGAACAGCUGUAUUUCUGCUUGAGUAAUAAACCCACUAACAGAUUCUGGUACGAAUUGUGGAGACAUAAAGAGAAUGAGUGUAUGUACUCUAAGUGUACCAGUUUCUUCACUCUCUCCUGGCAGAAGAUGCAGCACUUUUAGUGAUUCUGGGAUUCUGGGAUGUGUUCCUAUUAAUUCUAAUACAGAUGAAGAAGAUGUGGUAGAGGAAAAGAUGGUAGCAGAAGGAGUGAAUAAAGAGGCAAAACAGCCUGCUAAAAAGAAAAGAAAGAAGGGUUUGCGAAUUAAGGGGAAAAGGCGUCGAAAAAAAUUGAUUCUUGCCAAAAAGUUUAGUAAGGAUUUGGGAUCUGGGAGGCCUGUUGCAGAUGCCCCUGCUUUGUUAGCUUCCAAUGACCCUGAGCAGGAUGAAGAAAGUCUUUUUGAGAGCAAUAUAGAAAAACAGAUCUAUCUACCUAGUACUAGAGCCAAGACCUCCAUUGUGUGGCACUUCUUUCAUGUUGACCCCCAGUACACCUGGCGGGCCAUUUGUAACCUCUGUGAGAAAAGCGUCAGCAGGGGUAAACCAGGUAGCCAUCUUGGUACAUCUACUCUUCAACGACAUCUGCAAGCAAGGCAUUCACCUCAUUGGACCAGGGCCAACAAGUUUGGAGUUACUAGUGGAGAGGAGGACUUUACCUUGGAUGUAUCUUUAUCUCCCUCUUCUGGAAGCAAUGGAAGCUUUGAAUAUAUUCCUACUGAUCCAUUAGAUGAUAAUAGAAUGGGUAAGAAGCAUGAUAAAUCAGCAUCUGAUGCCCUAAGGGCAGAAAGAGGGAGAUUUCUCAUCAAAAGUAACAUUGUCAAGCAUGCUUUAAUUCCUGGAACUAGAGCCAAGACAUCUGCCGUUUGGAAUUUUUUUUACACUGAUCCUCAGCACAUCUCAAGAGCUGUGUGUAAUAUAUGUAAAAGAAGUGUGAGCCGGGGUAGGCCAGGGUCCCACUUAGGGACUUCAACACUUCAACGACACCUGCAAGCCACACAUCCUAUCCAUUGGGCUGUUGCCAACAAAGACAGUGGUGCUGUUGCAAAUGGAUUAGAUGAAGCUGAGACUGAGAGAAGUGAUCUCUUGAGUGAUACCUUGCAUGGAGAAAAGUCUACAGGCAGCCAAGAUUUAACAGCUGAGGACCUUAGUGACUCUGAUUCAGAUGAACCUAUGUUAGAGGUUGAAAACAGAUCUGAAAGUCCUAUUCCCGUUGCAGAGCAAGGCACUCUGAUGCGUGCGCAGGAGAGAGAAACAACAUGUUGUGGAAAUCCAGUCUCAAGUCACAUAAGUCAGGCAAUUAUCCAAAUGAUUGUGGAGGAUAUGCAUCCUUACAACUACUUCUCAACCCCAGCCUUUCAGAGGUUCAUGCAGAUUGUGGCCCCUGAUUAUAGGUUGCCAUCAGAGACUUACUUUUUCACUAAGGCUGUACCUCAGUUAUAUGAUUGUGUCAGAGAAAAAAUUUUCUUGACUUUAGAGAAUGUUCAAAGCCAAAAGAUACACCUGACUGUUGACAUAUGGACCCAUGACCCAUCCACUGACUAUUUUAUUGUGACUGUACACUGGGUUUCUUUGGAAACUGCGUCUUUUCUCAAUAAUGGCAGGAUCCCCGAUUUUAGAAAGUGGGCAGUGCUUUGUGUUACAGGUUUGGCUAAAGACUGUUUGAUAACCAAUAUUUUACAAGAAUUAAAUGACCAGAUUGGUCUGUGGCUUUCUCCAAAUUUCCUUAUCCCUAGCUUCAUUGUUUCUGACAAUUCCUCUAAUGUGGUACAUGCAAUCAAAGAUGGUGGUUUUACCCAUGUGCCAUGUUUCCUGCAUUGUUUAAAUAUGGUCAUUCAGGACUUUUUCUGCGAGCACAAAAGCAUUGAGAAUAUGUUAGUGGCUGCCAGGAAAACUUGUCAUCAUUUUAGUCAUUCGGUCAAGGCCCGUCAGAUACUGCAAGAGUUCCAAAAUGAUCACCAACUUCCAUGGAAGAAUUUGAAGCAGGACGAAACUGGCCAUUGGAUUUCUACUUUUUAUAUGUUAAAAUGGCUCUUGGAGCAUUGCUACUCAGUUCACCAUAGUCUUGGUAGAGCCAGUGGAGUUGUGCUCACCUCCCUUCAGUGGACUCUAAUGACUUAUGUUUGUGAUAUUCUUAAGCCAUUUGAGGAGGCUACCCAGAAAGUGAGCGUGAAGACCGCAGGAUUGAAUCAGGUGCUACCCCUAAUCCAUCAUCUACUCCUUUCCCUGCAGAAACUCAGAGAAGAUUUUCAAGUCAGAGGUAUUACUCAGGCCCUCAAUCUGGUGGAUAGUUUAUCUCUGAAACUUGAAACAGAUACCCUACUAAGUGCCAUGCUUAAAUCCAAGCCCUGUAUCUUGGCUACUUUGUUAGAUCCUUGCUUUAAAAACAGUUUGGAAGACUUUUUUCCUCAAGGUGCUGAUUUGGAAACUUAUAAGCAGUUCCUUGCAGAAGAGGUCUGUAAUUAUAUGGAAUCUUCACCAGAGAGCUGCCAAAUUCCAACUUCAGAAGCUUCUUGUCCCUCAGUUACAGUGGGAGCUGAUUCAUUUACCUCAUCUCUAAAAGAAGGCACCUCCAGUUCAGGUUCUGUUGAUAGCUCAGCUGUAGACAAUGUUGCCCUUGGAAGCAAAAGCUUCAUGUUCCCUUCUGCUGUAGCAGUUGUGGAUGAGUACUUCAAAGAGAAGUAUUCAGAGCUCUCAGGAGGUGAUGACCCUUUAAUUUACUGGCAGAGGAAGAUAAGCAUAUGGCCGGCUUUGACCCAGGUUGCCAUCCAGUAUCUAAGUUGCCCCAUGUGUAGUUGGCAAUCUGAAUGUAUCUUUACUAAAAAUAGCCACUUUCAUCCAAAACAGAUCAUGAGCCUGGACUUUGACAAUAUAGAACAACUGAUGUUUCUGAAAAUGAACUUGAAAAAUGUUAACUACGAUUAUUCUACGUUGGUUCUGAGCUGGGAUCCUGAGCAGAAUGAAGUUGUUCAAAGCAGUGAAAAAGAAAUACUGCCUUAAUUUCUUUUUCUCCAUUUAAAAUGGGCAACUUUUUGCUGUGUUACUGUAUCUUAAUAGCUGUAGUUGUUAAAUAUAAUCAUUAUCUUUAUAAACACAUCUGGGGAAACCUGAAAUCACACAAGGGCUGAAAAUUCCUCAGAGGCAAUAUAAUUUUGAUAAAAUGAAGAUUAAAGAUUUCAUAGCUAUAACUGUGGCGCUAGCACUUGAAAAUUUUGCUUAUACCAA